AUGUCAGCUGACUCUGGACAUCCAAUGACGGCCAGUCAGGUCCUAGGCUCCAACCUACAAGAUGAAAAGGAACUGAAUGAGACUGAUCCGGUACCUAAUGGACAGGUCGUGCAUUUUUCCUGUGAAUAUGGAUAUAAUGUGCAAGGUCCAACGAAUCUCCGUUGCUGGCUAGGAGAGUGGGCAGUGACCAGUAUGCCCGAGUGUGUAGCAGCUCCUUGCGAACUCCCGUUGCUUCAUGGUGCUACAUACGAAGCAGGGUACCGUGCAGGACUAACAGUAGCUCACGCCUCCUCCGUCAACAUAGCCUGUGAGCCUGGUAGAUCACCGCCAGCAACCCUGAACUGUCAUCUAGGAAGACUGCAGCCCACCGUCCAUGAUUUCUGCAGACCGCUUGCUAAUCUAACCCGUCCACGCCCAACUUCAGAAUACCAAAGCGGCUCUGACAUAGUUCGGGAAGAUAUUUCAGAAUUGGAACCAGACAUCGAUGCUACUACUAACACAGACUGCGGUCCACCAGCCAGGAAUCCACAAGAAGUCAGGGUCCAGGGUACGCUGAUAUACCGAGAUGGGGCUGAAGUGAACAGCUCUUUAGGAGUGGAAGGAUACCCUCAUGGCACCGAGAUCACGUUUAGAUGCAUAGCAUCGAUCAUGGGAGAGAAGACCACUUGGAAGCUGAUUUGCGAGCAGGGCAACUGGGUUGGCAAGAGUUUCAAUUGCGAAGAAUUAGAAGCUCAGAACGAGGAACUGAUGAACAACAACAGCUGUACCUUCGAGAAUGAUGAGCCGAACGUGGUCGCAUUCUAUAAUGAUAUGCAGAUUACUGAGGUAGUCGACUUUCCUGCUGGAGCUAUGAUCACAUCUAGGUGCAGUGACAUCGGGAAGUACUCUAUGUCUGGGUCUCAAACCCGUAAAUGUAUCGGAGGGGCCUGGGAUGGUGUUAAACCGACUUGCGUUGGACUUAACCAGCAAAUGGAUUAUGCCAUGGAGAAGAAACCUACAAUCCUGUUCCGUCACUCACAGGGCCCAAUCGCGCAGACCAAUGAUGGGAAGCUGCUGGUCUACCCUGGAACUGUACUCCACAUGGAAUGCUUGUGGAUGAGGAGAUUUGGGAACCCCAAGUGGAAUGUUACGCAUAAUAAUCCGGAUUCUGACCGCAAGUACAUAGAGGGCUGGACCACGGAUCCUGGGAGGGACAGUGCCUUGGAAUACAGGCUGAGCAUCAUCAAUGCUGAAAAGGAGGACUCUGGCAUAUACCGGUGUGAGACACCAGCCCGACAGAGCCAUCAGGUCGAGAUAAUCGUUGAAGACGUUCAUUGUCCCCCACUCCCUAUUCGCCGUGGGCUAGUAGCCAGUGGACUAGGCACCCGGCUGGGCACAGAGAUUCGGUUCCACUGCGCCAAUGGAAAUGCGUUGCUUGGUGCGCACACGCUCGUCUGUCGCGCAUCGGGUAAUUGGAGUGCGCCUUUACCUGUUUGUGAGAGCGUGGAAUGUGGUGAAGUAGUUCAUGAUACGCCACUGGGUGAAGGUGAGAGAAGACCACGUGUGGCCGUGGUGUCACGAGGUGUAGGUGGACGUGCUGCCUUCUCCUGUGCUCCUGGCUGGGCGCUGCGUGGAGCUCCAGAAACUGUAUGCCUGCCUGCUGCUGAUUGGGCAAAACCUUUUCCUGUUUGCAGAGAGGUAUCCUGUCCAGCACUACCCCCACCAGCAUCAGGCUACGUUCUAGGCCGAGCACCGUACCGCGCAGGAGACGUACUGCAGUUCCACUGCAACCCUGAACAUACAUUGCAUGGAAGACCAAUAUUGGUCUGCCAGGACAGUGGACGAUGGAGUGAUAAACCUCCUACAUGUGCUCAAGCAUGCACAUACCCUGGCACUACAAUCUCAGGCCGCAUGUCUUCAGUCAAAUUCUACUACAAGAUCGGAGAGACUAUAACAUUCACCUGCGAGCCUGGGUACCGGCUGAAGGGAGCUCCUAUGCUGCGAUGUUUGAAAAACCGAAAAUGGUCAAAUGCGAUUCCACUCUGCACACCGAACUCAAACUUCACAUCAUCGGACUCAGUCGCCAUGUUCAACGGUGACAUAGACGCCAUGUUGUCUGACGAGCCGGCGGACAUCUUGCGGACGCGGGAAUCGCCCGCCAUCUUGUCACCAGAGAGUUACAAAGCCGCUGUCACUAGAGCUGCAGUGUCAAGGCUACUCCGAAGAGGUCCGAUCGAGAAUUUUAGAAAUAGAGUAUUUAGAGUAAAUAGGCUACUUCGGAGAGACACAGAAAGAUAA